CUCCAACAUUGUUCAAGAUCUGCCGGCGUCAAGCCAUGCUGUCCCGCAUGACUUCGCCCAGUCGACCAGAGAGGAUAUCUCGCAUGCUGGUCGACUGCGCCUUUUCACGCGUCAUACAGGCAGGCAGGCAGGCCAACCAGCCCACAAAAUACAACACCUCUGUCGGCCUUUGCUCAUCGUGUGGCCCAUCCGUGCCUCGGUAGCUAGCCCAUGUCAUUCAUGUAGCUAGCCCAUGUCAGAUGUCACCACCUCACCAGACACACGCAGAUGGGCCAUCACAGUCACGAGAAGCCAACAAGACCACACAAUAUAUAUGCACACACCCGCCGAGCCCACCUGUCUCUCGCAGUCUGUCUGUGAGCCUACGUAUCUAUUAGCUAGUGCCCACCCGCCCGGCAUUGCCUCUGCUGUUGGCUUGUGUGACGACGCCGUAGAGCGCCUGCUGGCACCCCAGGAUCUCGAUGGCCGACGGGCGGCUGCUCGACAAAUCGCCGCUCUCGUUCAGGAAAAAGGGGACGGCAAACUGGUUCGGCAGACGGCCGUUCACUGACACACACAGCCCCAGAGAACGAGCAGACUGUGUGGGCGUGUGUGUGUGUGUGUGUGUGACGGCCGACCUUUCUUGUAAGGUGUAUUGCCCCUCUUCUGUCGCUGUCUGUCGACGCGGUUGUCCCACUGGCGACACUCAUCCUCAUACGCCUCAAGAUCCACCACAGGCACCUGUCAGACACAUUAAUGUGACACACACACAUCGAUGAGAGGUCAGCUAGACACACAGUACGCGGCUAUGCCAUGACGACUGACUGACUGACCUGGUCGUUUGGCAGGAAGAGCAGCACGAGCGGCGGCUGGAAGUCGACUGCAUUGGGGGCGUCCACCAUGCUCACAUCCGACAACUGCGACUCGCCCAUCGCUGCUGCUGCGUCGUCCUGCUCGUCAUCGCGUGCCUCGUCCUGCGCUGGAUCUUCCUCCUGCUCGCGGCCCAUCCGCAGGCCCUUGCGCACGCCACCGCUCUCCCACCGACCUGCAAUCCAUCAACGAACCGACAGCAGUGUCUGGUGUGUGGGAGAGGGGGGGUUGCAAGCUGUGUGUGUGUGCGUGGUCACGUUUGAGGUUGUUGAGUAUGUUGGUGUUUUUGAAGAAGACCGCACCCAUCGCCGUGUCCUUGGAGUUCACACCCUCAGGCAACACCUGUUGUCGGCCACACACACACACACACACACGCACACAAUGUCCUGUGCCUGUCUUGUCUCCUUCACCCACCCGAUACGACAACUCACCCCGCUUGGUGCGCCGAUGAUCUGCAUGUAUCUGUAGUCGAAUUUUGCGGGCAGGUCGGCCCCCGCCAGCCGGGUCACGUCGGUGGGGUGGUCGAGCAUCGAGGGCGGCACGUAGGGGAGGCGAAUGUACUCAUCCACCGUCUUCUGCAGCUUCAGGAAGCAGUAGGCCGUCACCGCAUCUUGCCUUAGUCAGGGAGGGGGGGGGGAGGGAGCGCCAGACAGAGAUGGAUGGACGGAUGGAUGGAUGUGUGUGUGUCAGACUUUGCUCACUGGGUGUGCUGGUCUGCGUUGUCUUCGGUCAGUUCCAGGGGGUCGAGCUGGCAGAGACCCAACGGAUCAUUCGCAAAGGCUGCAGUGCAGGACAGACAACACAGUGCCAUGCCAUGCCACCCACCCCCCUCUCUGCCGUUGCAACCCUCCCUCCCAUCCGAGAACUCACUCACUCUGCAGGAAGUAUCUGCUGAGGACAAUACGCCAGGGCAGCCUUCGCUCGUGCGACCCUCUUUCUCCCUCCGACGACCCACUGGUGCCCACGCUGCCUCUGCUCUUCCGCACCCCCGAGCAGUAGGCUUCAUACCUCUGGCGAAUCUCCCUCGCCUCGUCCUCAUCGUACCCCUCAGCCUCGUCCGCGUAGCCGUACUCGCCGGCCAGCGUGUAGAGGGCCUUCCGCAUGGCUGCCAGGUCCUGUGGUGGGCGGUGCUGGUCGUCGUCGGGUGGGGGCUGGGAGAGGGAGGUGUUAAGCUGGGAGAUGAACUUGAGGGCGUCGUCGCCCUGCUCGUCGUAUACGCAGCGGCAGAUGGGGUCCUGACAGACAGACAGGUGGAGUCAACGAAGGGGUGAGUGUGGCUUCUUCUGGCGUGUGUGGUGUGCAGGGAGGAGAGGAGAUGAGUCGCACCAGCAGGAUCUGGUAUGCCGUGGUAAGACGCUGGAAGCUGAGUGCGUCCCCACCCUUGUCGGGGUGACAUCUGACGGCCUCGCGACGGUACGCCUGAUGCACCACACACACACACACACAAGAAGACACCUAUGCACAGAUUGAUGGAAUGGGCAUUCCACCUCUCUCACCGCACGGACGCCACGCACCUUUUUGAUGUCUUCCUGUGUGGCGUGGCGACUGAUGCUGAGCUCGUCAUAGAGCUCGUAGGUCUUCCAGAAUGAAUCACUGCCACCAACACCUGCAUGAGCGAAAUUAACCAAACAUACAGACAGACCAACACAGGCAUGGGAAUCUGUGUGUGGGUGUCAAGGUGAAGCGACUGACCGUAUGCGACCGACACGUCGUUGUCUUGUGAGUGUGCGGCAGUGCGAUCACUGGCCGCACCCCGCCGUCCCUUGCGCUUCAACCGACUCUCAGACACGCGGGGACCGCUCUUGGCUGCACGAGCAAAGCAACCAACCACCAUUCAUGAUGACACAAACCGUACUGGUGUGUGUCAUUCUCUUGCGUGCCUACGUUUAGGGGCAGGUUGUCCAUCCAACUCGACGCCCUCAUCGAACACAUCGCUCAGCGUCAACUCACUCGCCACCUUGCGCUUGCUGAAUCGCAUCACACACACAUACACACACACACACACGUGUGUCCAUCCAUCCAUAUGUGUGGAGAGGGAGGGAAGUCAAUAGAGAGGCAGCGGCGGCGUAUCCGCACCCACCCGAUGGCAUCCAGCAGGCUGCUGCGCCACUCCAUCAGACACAAAGAAUCGGAGCGGAAAAGGGGCGGUGUGAUUCAUCCAUCGUUCGUGCUGCCGAUGUGCCUGUAGUGGUCGAUACAUACCUGUUGUCCUUCUUCUUCCCCAGCAGCCAGGCAGGCUUAUCAGCAGGACGCUCAGGCCCUCUGCACACACACACACACACACAGCCAUCGCCGCCCGGGCCCUGCCCGCUGAUGGUGCCAGCUCACCUUCCGUACAUGACGCCGUACGACAGAGCAGAUGAAUGGUCCUGCGGACGUCCUUCUGAUGUCCACUACAAGUCACUGCUACCGAGAGGGCGGCGAUUCGAAUCAAGCUAUUUCACCGUUUUUUCUCGACAGUGUGGUCAGUAUCCCAUCUGCGCAGUCCUCCGCGGCGCCCAUCUUCCGCCCUUUGCC